CAGGCUGCCCCCUCCCGCCAGGCCCCUCUGGACCGAGCGCCGUCUUCUCCACCCCAUCACCCGCGGGCGCCUCGGGCGGGGAUCGGUGCCCCGAGCGCGAAGCCUGACGCGAUCCCCUACCCGUGCCCCCCCACAUCCCACCGCCCAGUCCCCGGCGGCGAUGAGACAGAGCGGCGCCUCCCAGCCCCUGCUGAUCAACAUGUACCUGCCAGAUCCUGUUGGAGAUGGUCUCUUCAAGGACGGCAAGAGUCCCGGCUGGGGGCCGCUGAGUCCCGCGGUGCAGAAAGGCAGUGGGCAGAUCCAGCUGUGGCAGUUUCUGCUGGAGCUGCUGGCCGACCGCGCCAAUGCCGGCUGCAUCGCGUGGGAGGGCGGUCACGGCGAGUUCAAGCUCACCGACCCGGACGAGGUGGCGCGGCGCUGGGGCGAGCGCAAGAGCAAGCCCAACAUGAACUACGACAAGCUGAGCCGCGCGCUGCGCUACUACUACGACAAAAACAUCAUGAGUAAGGUGCACGGCAAACGCUACGCCUACCGCUUCGACUUUCAGGGCCUGGCUCAGGCCUGCCAGCCUCCGCCCGCGCAUGCCCAUGCAGCUGCCGCGGCUGCCGCGGCCGCGGCCGCAGCCCAGGACGGCGCGGCGCUCUACAAGCUGCCCGCCGGCCUCGCGCCGCUACCUUUCCCCGGCCUCUCCAAACUCAACCUCAUGGCCGCCUCGGCCGGCGUUGCGCCCGCUGGCUUCUCCUACUGGCCGGGUCCGGGCCCCGCUGCCACUGCCACGGCCGCGCUCUACCCCAGCCCGGGUUUGCAGCACCCGCCCGGGCCCUUCGGCACAGUGGCCGCUGCCUCGCACUUAGGGGGCCAUUACCACUAG